CACUCCAAUGGAUGAUAAGAUAUAAAUGUCAAAUAUCCAAUUUGUUGAAAUGAUGUCACCAAAAAAAAAAAAAAAUAGAGAGAAGAUUUAGCACAACUCAAAAAAAAAAAAAAAAAAAAAAAACAAUUCUCAGAAAGCAAAACUUCUCAAGAGACACAAAGAGAAUUAAUUAUUAUACAUCAACUCCUUCCACCUCCGAUCUAUCAGCAGCCACCACCCACGCCGCCGUGUCGUUGAUCGCCGCCAAGUUCUCAGAUUCUCCAUUAUAUAUAUGUGUGUGUGUAAAUAUCCUUCUACUUAGCAAAAUUAGAUCUUUUGGGUUAUUGUUUAAAGCUAUGUGAUGAUAUUUUUGGCUGGAUUUUCUUUUCUUAUUCAGACCAUCAUUUUUUUCUCUCCAAUAAUACAUGCCGUACUUCUGUGUCUCUGAAAUUCAACAUCAUUUUGCAAAAUUUCAGAUUCUUUGUUUUCCCUUCACAAAUUAAAUUCAAAUUCCCAUCUUAAAAAAAAAAGAAAGAAAGAAAAACCCUAGCUAGCUGCUGCUGAUUCAUGCAUAGAAGUGGCAAGUUUGUACCUUUAGUUUCUUGAAACUAAAAUUCUCUCCGUUUAUUUCUCUGAAAUCCCCCAAAAAAACCUGAAUUAUUUCCCUCCCCUCCCAAAAAAGAGAAGCGGAAUUUGGUUGAGAGAUAAUAUGCAGUAUCAAGAUCGGAGAUUGAAGAGUGUACAAGUGCAAGAUCAAGUUCAACCACAGCCUCAAAAAUGUCCUCGUUGUGAUUCUCUAAAUACUAAGUUUUGUUAUUACAAUAACUACAGUUUGUCUCAGCCUCGUUAUCUUUGCAAGACUUGUAGAAGGUAUUGGACUCACGGUGGCACUCUACGGAACGUCCCCGUCGGCGGUGGUUGUCGCAAGGGGAAACGACUGAAGCAAUCCUCACAAUCAUCCAAUAACAAUAGUUCUGUAAAGUCGUCGUUGGUACAAACUUCCGCGUCACCAGUACUACCGCCGCCGCAGAUAGUCCCGUUGAGUUUAUCAACAACAACUUCACAACACGUAAUCUUUUCGGGUACUCCUGUUAUCACGCCGCCGUCGUUUUUCAAUUCGGGUGGGGAGUUAUUGUCAUCUUCAAGCUGGAUUAAUUCAUUUGGAUCAUCUUCACAAGGCCCAGAAAUAAUCUAUGACAUGAUGGAUCAGUCGUCGGGAAAGGCCGAUGCAAAUUCGUCAUCUCCGGCGGCAGGGUGGUCAGAAAGCUACAUCAACAAUAAUUCUAUUUCUAACCCUAUGGCUGCCACCGGAGACGCGGUUGUCUGGCCAGCUGGCGAGAACAACGCCACCCUCGCGGCGGCCACCUCCACCAACAAUGCUACAAUUAACCAAUGGCCUGAUUAUAUGCCGGGAUUUUGUCCUCCUCCAUGACAUGAUUUAAAGGCAGCAGAUACCAAAGAUCACAAAUCUGAGGAAUUUGGAUUCUUUUUUUUUUUUGAGGAAAAAAAAACCCUGAAAGAUCUUACCUUUGAUAUUAUAUAUAUGAUCAUAUGCUUUGAAAUCAUUCAUUUGGUUUGAAGUGAGUUAGAACUGGGGUAGAUAUGUGUUGUAUGAAAUUCCAUAGAGCCAGCUCUUGUGAGGAAAAUUAUAUGGAAUUUGAAGGUAUAUAAUUAAUUAAAUUUGAUGAGAUGUUGUAUAAGUAGGAACAAGAGCCUAGGGGAGCUAAACUAAACAUAGGUUUUGUUGUAAUGUCAAUGUGUGUAUUAAUACAGGCAAAGAAAAGGAACAACUUGGUUGGGUUAGGUUUUUUUUCUUCUUCAACACUUUAUUGGUUUGAUUAAAGAGAGUGUUAUGAUUAUGGUA